CAAUCUGGGAAAGAAAUCUUGUUUGGCUCGUCCUGAAAGUCUUCAUUGAGUUCUUAUUGCCAGUAGGUGGCAGUGAACUUUUUAAUGUUGUGGACUGAUCCAAGUGCUGUAUAUAAUGUAAUGUUUGACUGAGUAGAGCAAUAAUUUUAAAUCAGACAGAACUAUUAAAAAUCAUCCAAAUAAAAUAAUACAAUAAUAUGAUUGCCUAGGUUUCAUAAGCCAUGUUUUAUGUGGUGAAAUGCAUGAUGGAAAGUCAUUGGCCUAGUGAAUAGAGAGUUGGACUCCUAAUCCUAAGGUUGUGGGUUCGAGUCUUGGGACGGCAAUACCACAUCUGAGGUGCUCUUGAGCAAGGCACCGAACCCCAAACUGCUCCCGGGCACCGCAGCAUAAAUGAUGCCUGUGCAUGCGCGCACACUUUGGAUGGGUUAAAUGCAGAGCACAAAUUCUGAGGGUCACCAUACUUGGCUGAAUGUCACUUCACUUUCACUAGCAAAUCACUCUGCUUUUUCAUUGCUGGACUGGUUUCUUUUCAUCAAGAACGAGCCAUGGUUUAUAAACUAUCCAUUUCUAUCUCGAUAUUUAAAAUAUAUCGAGAUAUUUUUUAAACACGAUAUGGAUUUUGACAUAUCGUAUAUAUCGAUAUAUUGUUUAUAUUCUGAUUCCGCCACUUUGCUUGUUUGCCUUCCCUGUGCUGUGCUCGCCCCCGCUCACUCGCCCCCCGCCUCCUUGCUUUUGUCCCCUCUCACCUCGCGUGUAGAGAACUAGUCAAAAAAAAAAAAAAGACAACUGGCUCCAUUAUAUGGAGAUACUUCAGUUUUAAGGCGUAGGGCGAACGGCAGGCAGAUGUCUACUGUAGGGCCCAAUGAAACGCGGACGGAAUCGCGGAAUCCAGUCAUAAAAAUGGAAUUUACAGUUUAACGCGGAAUGUCACGGAAUUGGUCAAAUUUUAAAUGAAUUAAUCAAAAGUCGGUCAUGCACUUACAUCAAAUCGCGAAAUGGACUAAUAUCUGCAAAUAUUAACCCGGAAAAGUCUAUUUAAAUAUGAAUCCUGCAUGUUCUGCGUGUCUGUGUCAACGAAUGGAGCAGAAGCGCGUCUUCAUUCAUUAAACACGGAAGCUCGCAUAACGCUCGCGCUGAUUUCAUUGUCUUUCCUCUCUCUAAAUAAAGACGUGAACACAUGAGGAACAUCUCCAGAACUGCACUGAGAGUGAUUCAAUUCAAAAACUUGGGAGAGCUUCACUUGGAGUGGACUGAAGCCGGAGUCAGCGCAUAAAGAGCCACCACACUCAGAUGUCUUCAGGAAAAGGGCUACAGCUGUCACAUUCCUAGAAUCAAGCCACUCCUGAACCAGAAAAACAGAACAGUCCUCUUUUCAGAUUAAAGUAACUUUAGCAUUUCAUUUGGAAAUCAAGGUCUGGAGGAAGACUGGAGAUGCACAGAAUCCAAAGUCCAGUAUGAAGUUUCAGAAGUCAGUGAUGAUUUGGGUAGCUGUGACAUCUGCUGGUGUUGCUCCAUUGUGUUUUAUCAGUCCAAAGUCAAUGCAGCCAUCUACCAGGAGAUUUUGUAGCACUUUAUGCUUCCAUCUGCUGACACUGCUGACAUAAACACAUAGUUUGUGUGCAAUGAAUCUAGAAUAUAAGAAAGUUUGCUUUUUUUUAAUUACAUAACAAAAAAAUGAACAACAUUUCCAUGAUAUUCAUUUUUUUUUUAGAUGCACCUGUAUUUCAGACAUCCUAGGCUAACUGUACUGAAAUUGCAUACAGUGAGUAGGAAGUACAUUUUAAUUUGAAUUAGGAUGCAAGUACUAUAUCUGAGUAUGGUGUUACAGUCACAUGACCUACUAGAGUCGGUCGUGUUACUUAAAAGCCAUUCAUAAAUCUGCUCCGGUCUCAUGGAACAGUAAGUGUCUAUCGAAUGCACAAUUCAGAAUCUUGCUGGAAAUGGAUGUUAAUCCAGGUACUUUUUGCCUACUUUCUUUCAAAUAUGAAAUUUCAUGCUUCUUUAUUAUAUACCACAUGAAUAACUUGACGAGUAUGUCGGAAUUCAAAAGAAUAGGCAAAAAAUGCAUUGACAUACCUAUAGAAAGACUCUGAAGUGUCCAUAUGUUCAUUUUAGUGUCCCGUUUGUCACAUUUGAUUGUCAUUAAGCAACAUGACUUGAAUGAAGUGUUUAUUUAUACACCAUUAACCACAUUAGUUUAUAAAUUUCAAAAACGUAAUUGUGAAUUUUGGGCUUUGCAAGCAUGACGCUGUACACUGAAAUUAAAUGUGCAGUCUUUAUUUAAGUGAGAAAGCAGGUGCAGACAGAAUAUCUACUAACACCUCGUUCUGACUCAGCGAGAUUAGCACUUCUCGAACUGUAGGAGGCGCUGUGACCAUCUUAGUCCAGUAAAUCCACUGGUAAAACCACUGAAGAAGAAAAGACUGUUGGAGGCUACAGACUCGAUGUUGAGCAUGAAAGCGCAGGUGGAUGUGCUCUGCUGUAAAUCAGUAGGAACUGAUCUGUCCAUGCUGGAUAUUGAGGAUUUCAUCACAGAAAUCUGUCAGCUGAAGAAAGAGGUGGCUUCACUGGAGGCAAAGCUGAGAGAAAGAGGAGACAAACUGAACAGAGAGGAUGUGGAGCAGGUUUGGGUGCGUGAGACUGAUGGGACAGAAGCUCAGGAUUCAGUCUGGAGUGUCAGAGAUCAGAGAUCCAGAGACACACAGGACUCAGAGCUCAGCCUCACUUUACUCUGUUAUACUGACGCUCAGGAUCAUGAAUCCACUGAUCAAACCUCUGACUGUAACGCUGGAGAACAGCAGAUGCUGCAGACGCCGCUGAAGAUGUGCUCCGUCAAACUGGUGGACUGCAGGAACCUGAUCGAGAGCAGAGGAGAAGAAACCACCGCAGAGAAACAACAACAACACACUGAUGAGGAAGAGGAGGAGAAUAAUGGGGAGGAUAAUGAAGAUGAUGAUGAUGAUGGUGACUUUGUUCUUUUAGAUGACAGCGCUAGUUCAUCUUCUGAUGGACACAUUGGAUCUGUAUCUAAAGAGCAAAGGACAGUGACCAACUGUGAAAAAAAAUUAAGCAAAGCGGGUCAUUUAACGCAACAUCAGAGAAAACGCACAAAACAGACAAACUACAGCUGCAAGAUCUGCAACAUCAGUUUUCCGACCUUCAAAGAGAGAACCGUUCAUUCAAAAGAGCACAGCGUGAAGAAGGAGUUUCACUGUGAACAGUGCGGGAAGGAUUUUUUUAACACUCUUUAUAGUAUGAGAGCUCAUAUGAAGACACAUGAAGAAAAGUCUCUUCAGUGCAAUGAAUGCAACAAGUAUUUCCGCAACAAACGAGAUCUUUCAGUUCAUAUGAGAAUUCACACGGGUGAAAAACCGUACAAGUGUCCUCAAUGUGAGAAAAGCUUCAACCAGGGAUCUAAUCUGAGGACACAUCUACUCAAGCACAGCAAUGAGAGACCGCAUCAAUGCAAUGAAUGUGGAAAACAUUUUAUAAGCACAGCUUCUCUAAAGUUACACCAAAAAAUGCACUCUGAUGACAAACGUUAUCAGUGUUCACACUGUGAGAAACGUUUCUAUCAUACAGGUCACAGAAAAACCCAUGAGAGGAUUCACACCGGAGAGAAACCUUUCCUGUGCUCCGACUGUGGGAAGAGCUUCGCUAGUCCAUUUGCUUUCAAAGUUCAUCAGAGAAUUCACACAGGAGAAAGACCUUAUCCUUGUAGUGAUUGUUCGAAGAGUUUCUAUAAACUAAGUGACUUAAAGCUACACCGGAGGACUCAUACAAAAGAAAAACCUUUUAAAUGCUCACUUUGUGACAAGACUUUUGGUAUAUCAACUUCCCUGAAGAUCCAUGAACGAAUACAUACAGGAGAGAAACCUUACUGCUGCUCCAUCUGCGGAGAGAGAUUUUCUUUUAAAUGGGGUUUUCAGAGCCACAAGAAGAAACACACUGCUCCAGAAUCAUUAUAGCUUCUCCAUGUAAUUAUUUUUAGGUUGUCAAAACAUUGUGUUACAGUAAUGUUGUUAUAUGGUCAUAUAUUCCUUUUUAUUUGAUUAUUACAUUGUUUUAUUAAGGUUUAUACACUGCUAAGUAAAUUAAAGGAACACAUUGAAACACAUGACACAUUUGAAAACAUCAGAUCUCAAUGGGGAAGAAUAUCAUGCUGGAUACCUAUACCGAUAUGAACUCUGUGAUGUGUCAGUAAUGAAAGGAUGCUACAUUGUUUAAUGAAAAUUAUUAACCUAUAGAGGGCUGAAUUCAAA